AUGAGCGGACAAUCAGCGCUGAUGGCCAACCUGGCCGAUGUGGUCAAGGAGGCCAAGGAUGAGGAGAUACCGAUGCCCAAAUCGAACGACUUCUUCGAGUCCAAGACCUUCCGCCUGCUCACCUUGAUGCUCUACAUGGGCGGCGUGAGUGGCAUGGGCUUGACUCUGGCGGUCUACUACCUGUUCAUCUGGGACUCCCGCAUGCCGCCGCUGCCCGUGUUCAAGCACACGCAUCCAAUUGGCUAG